AUGAGCCCACGUAAAGAGCCACUUCUCCCCCCAGAGACGGCCUAUGCACGCUGGCGGAACGCCAGUGGCAACGCUCGUAAAGGCUGCCAGUCUACGGUCAGGGUGUCGCAUGACCAGCAGCCGAGGUCUGCCAUGCUCCAGCUCCAUGAUCUCUCGUUCUCCUUGCAGCUUUCUCUUACCUCAUUCACCACCUACGAGUCCUUUGUACUCGCCAACGGCGAGAGCAAAGUAGAAAUGGAAAUCGAUACCCGAAUCCCAUCUUCAGCUAUCUUCACUUUUAACAAAGAAGACCACACCCUCGGGAAUUUGAUCCGCUCUCGCCUUCUACAGAGCUCUCACGUUCUCUUUGCAGCCUACAAGGUGCCCCACCCUUUGGUUCCUAAAUUUGAACUGCGAGUCCAAACCGACGGGGAGAUCGCUCCUAAGGAGGCAGUGGUGACCGCCUGCCAUGAGCUGGUUCGAGACCUGGGAAUCCUUUCCCGUGAGUUUACCAAGGAAUACGAGCUGCGGAAGAUGGUGGGCGCAAGUCAGCAGCAGCAGAAUGGGGCCCAGGAUGGGAUUUAA